AUGCGGUCGCGGGAGCAAGCUCAAAAUGCGCUCUCUGGUGAGGCUGAGAGCCAGGACACCCAAGAAGUAAUGGGGCAAUAUCACCAACAGUUCGGCGUCGGCUUCACGAGCAGUUCCCCGACCCAGCCAAUACCAGCCGACGAGGUGCAGGCCGAGAUCCAGCGAUGUCCGAGACCACCCAAAGUCCAUCAGAAGUUCGCAGGAGCAAAUGUCUCCGCACAACCUUCGACGUCCUCAUCAAAGCCGAACGCAAAUGCACCAAAGACAGGAGCGAACACAGAUGCAAAAGUAAAGGCAAAUGCAAAAUCGCGGGGUAAAUCGGCCAAAGAGGACCCCGCCACGGCUGGCAGCUGCAAGGGGGUCAAGGGCAAGGGUCGGGAUACCGAUGCUGGUAGCAGUGCAGCGAAGCGACCAGGGGGCGUUGGGACCAAGUCGAACGCGUCCAACAGUCGCGCCUCUUCUCCGUCUCAUCGUACAACACCUGCCCACUCACCCAAACAAGCGACACCUUCUGAGGCUGCUGGGGUCUUUGAUCCCGACCCUGGGUCUCGCAGUGGUGACGAUCAUGUUCAUCAGCAGCAUGAAGACACUGUCAUUCCUUUGACUUCCCAGACAGGAUCCCCGAGCGGAACAGUCAAUCCAGCACAACUGACUGCGCUCAAUGACGAUGCUAACGGCGUGGCACCAUCCUCAGCCAAGCAACCAAAGCCACGACGGCGCAAAAUGGAUCCGUCUCAAUCCCCAACCCAGUCGAAUGAUGGGCGCAGCUACGAGCAGUACAUCUCUCGCGGGGACGACUUGAUUCCGACAGACCCCGUUGAGAAGCCCGACCUGGCCUCACAACAAACCUCCCACUCUGGUGAUGGGGACAGAACCCUGCAAGAAGAUGACACCGGUGCGGUCAACUUUCGCAACAUUGACGAAUACAAUGACAACUUCUCCGCCCCAGACUCGCUUGGAACAGGCAGACCGUCUCACGGCUCCGCUGAUCAUUUCGCACGAAACCCAGAGACUCCAGCGCCGCAUAAGAAUCCGUUCGCUGGAAGCAAGGCGCAUUUGCUACCUGCCUCGCAAAUGUUUGGCCAAACUCAAGUCUCGUCGGCGUAUAAGGUGAUCAGCCCGACGUCCUCGCGGCCAUCGCCCGACAACUUCCAACCGCAGAACUCCAUCUCCCCAAACCUUUUCAUCUCGUCGCCGUUGAAGAACCUAGGUGCAGGGCUGCAACCACUCCACGGUGGCGUCUCAAGUCCCCAACUAUCCAUCCCUUAUGAUACCUCGCCACAGCAUCAAAGCGACGAACCGGUCGAGUUGACCGGCGCCGCCGUCGAUUCUACGCCUUUGCACCUAGCGCGCACCUUUCCGAGAGGCCGGGCGGAAGAGUACGAACCAUUGUAUACAUCUCAACAAGAAUACGAGGCGUCCUCUCAGCAAGCUCUUGAAAACGAAUCAGAUGGUAACGCAAGUGAGGACGAUGUAAUGCGCAGGCAUUACAAGGCAAUGUUCAAGAAAGCCAAGGUGGAGAAGAGGCUCGAAUCUAUUAAGUACGAACGCCAGUCUCCUCUGGAGGACGCUGUGGUGCCUUCCACAAAUACUAGGCAAGGUGAAGACCAGAAGACAGACUCACAAAACUACCUUGAUCAAUGUGAGGGCCGGGCCGACGACUACUCUCAGAUUACUGUGGAGGACUCACAGGACCGUGUGGUGAUUUCUAUUGGUGGAGAUCCUGACAGCCAAAAUGCGGUGAUCGGCGAUUCUCAAGAUGGUGUCAUAACACGCGUCGCUAAGGCCGGCCGUAAUAAAGGGGAGAAGGACAGUACCUACAACUCGAGGAUGGGUCUCUCGACAAAAGUGGGCGAUCAGAUCAGGCAGGGAGGCGGGAAGCUUCUGCCUAAUGGGUUUGAACAGCUUUUUGAGUUCGGACCGAUAAAGAACGCCGAAGUGGCUUCUUCGACGCCCCAGCCGGACGAGGAAAUCAAGCUCACCGCCACUGCGAGAGCAACCGGAUUCACAGCCCUGAUUUCGGAUGGCCAUUCGCGCAAAGUCAAAUACAUGCAGGCGCUUGCGCUUGGCCUACCUUGUAUCCACCCUCGGUGGAUUACAACUUGCACUGAGAAACAGAAGCUGGUUGAUUGGUCCGAUUACCUUCUGUGCGCGGGAAAUUCAUCGUUUCUUGGGGAAGCGAUAAGGUCGCGCAACCUGCCGACCUACGACGCGGCGUCGGCGAAGCUGGGUGAGGUGAUCGACAGCCGACCACAACUAUUACGUGGAUCGCGGAUUCUUAUUGUGCUGCGGAAGCAGGACGAGGGCACGAAGAUGGCGUACGUCUUCCUCUCACGUGUUCUAGGAGCGUCUUUGUCCAGGGUCUACACUAUCGACGAGGCUCGGAGGCAGCUCAAGGCCAGUGAGGAUGCAGGCCACCCAUAUGAUUGGGUCUAUAUUGAGGAAAAGAUGGCUGGUAGUGCUGCUCUCUUCGCAGAGGAUACAAGCUCAACCUCCACAGCACGGGCUGCCAGCAAGAAGCGGAAGCGGAAGAGCGCGGCCGACGCGGCGAAUCCGCCGCCGAAAAGGAUCCGGACCUUGAGCAAUGAGCUCGUCAUCCAGAGUCUCAUCCUUGGGAGGCUAAUUGGGGAAGACGAAGACAUUGUAUGA